AUCUCGAGUAACCUUUUCUUUGUCUUUCUUUCUCCUUUAACUUAAUGCCGUCCUUUGUUUCUUCUAUUUUUCAUAAUUCUGCUAGUAAGAUAGAGUCUACAUUACUAGGAAAGAAUUCUCGAUUAGCAAUGCAUGCUCCAAAUAACUGUUAUUACAGCACCGAUAAUAUACCCGCCCCUCCACCCUACGACACCAUGCCAAGUCCUACGCCUACACCAAGUAAUUCAUGGACAUCAGAAAUGAGUGCUCUAGCAGAGAAAAUUAGAGACGAUGUCACCAGCACUUUUAAGGGCAAUCACAAAUCCAAUUCGCAACAAGUAGAUAGACACAGCAUUUCUCAAGGGAUGAAGCUCGUGUCGAUCGCAGCAGACGAGUAUGAAAGUGGCAAUGAAUCUGUCGCAUUAGAUCUUUAUUUGACUGGCGUAGAUAAAAUAUUAAUGGCCUUGCCAAAUAAGACGGAUUUAAAUACUAAAACAGCGAUUAGAGAAAAACUUCAGAGUGUAGAAGAACGUGUGGGUAUACUCAACUUGGCAGCCUCUCAAAAGAAGUUACGGCAAGAGGAUACGGAUAUCAAGAGCUCUACUGUCAACUCUUAUAUUUUAUCCCGCAUUGCUUCUACUAUCAGUACAAUCAGUAAUAAGGCUUAUCAAUCAGCCAAAAUAGAAGAAGAAGACUGCAGUGCAAGUAGCAACAUCACAACCCAUAUGGAAGGAGAUUCAAUGACAAGAUUUAAGCGAUUUGGGCAGUAUAUGAUUGACGCAGCAGUGACUUGUGCUAUCUUGAUCAAACAGUCUCCACUUCCAGGCCUCUUAUCGUUUCUAUUUGGUUAUGUGAUUCAACUAUUCUUGUGGAUCGAUUCACAGUACCACAUUAUACAAAAGUUGCAAGACAUGAGUGUUCAACUUAUCAAGUUGAGUUUACAAGCCGAUGAACAAUAUCGUCUGCAUGAGUAUAUAUCAGAGGGUCUCUAUAUAGUGUUUGCUGCCGGCUUGAAGGCUGUUGUUGCAUUUAAAGAAACACCGCGUAAAAAUGAGGCAUCUGAUGGCUAUCCCAGCCGUAAAAAAGAGCGAGUCAUGGCUUGUGCACCACCAGCACCACAAAAGACAAGUACAUCUUGGACUCCAUGGUAACAAUCACUACACUAUAGCAUUGUGAAAGCCAGAAUAAAGUUAGAAUGGAGUUAAUGUGUUAACUCUGAUUAGAGUGAAAUUAGAGGCUCAAUGACCACAUAAAGGACGGUAAUGGUUGCAAGGAAAUUUUACAAAAGCAACCUAUUGUUGUUUAUCUAGCCUAAUCGUUUGGUCAUUUCCUUUUGUCUGUCGCUUGAGCUAUUCUAAACUCUUUUUAUGAGAAUAAAAUACAAUAUAAUUC